UCGGAUUUGAGAACCAUUCAGCCGUCACAGAGCGCUCCAGUCAAUCAAUAUGACUGAGAAACACAAUGGAGAGUCUGCAAAUGCGUCGGUGGAAGCAGAUUUCGCUCAGGCGUUGAAAGAGCUGACCAGAGGCGAACAAACUGCUGCCGCUCUCGAGAAUCACUUGACUUCUUUGGAGAGUAAAAUCGAAGAGUUACUUGCACAGUCGUCAGAGGAUCAAGCUACUGCGGAGAAAGAGAAGGAAUCAAAAGGCCCCGAUGCUGGUAGCUCGUCAGGGGACAAGAAUGGUGGUCCAUGAGUUCGGAUCGGGAUUUUCAUGAAUGAUGUAAUGGACUUCUAGAAAGCAAGAAUGACGUUCAGUUAUUUCCUCAAGGAAGAAGACUUAGACAGCUACGUUAUGAUUCCAUAGUAGAACGGUCCGUUAUCUCCAUGCCAUGGUCAGCACCCCGUCACUAACAGGAUAUCAUAAGCUUAUGAUGACUUUUUCUAGUCCUAUCAGCUACAUGAAUUAGUGACAUGAUCAUCAUUCUCUGUGGGCACGACUUUGACGGCGAAGUUGCUUCAAAUAUGACAGUCGUGGACUCGAGCUACCUUAACUUUUGAAGAGAACGC